AUGCUGGCACGGAAAGUGUCGCAUGAUCAGUUCGAGUUGGCCUGUGACGAUUUGUCCAGAGGACUGAAACAUGCACUUGGAAAACUUGACAUGCAGGAAGCUCUGUGGCAACAAGCUUUGGACGAUAUUCAACGCGAAAUCGAAACGAAACUUGAUAAAAUCGAGCUAUGUCCCGUAAAGGACUUUUUCAAUAGCAAGUUAAAACAACUGCAAGAAAAUCUGAAGCAGAUAGCUUCAUUACGUCGUGAAGUUGAAGCGGCUGGAACGAAGAAGAAACUAUUGAGGGACGUGAACUGCAUAUCUUGCGACGCUAAGGCUGUCAUGUCAAUGGAAGCAGACGCAGCGGUGCCAACCAACAAGCCUUUACCCGCCAAUCUAUCUAUGAAGCCUUACCUCAGCUACGAAUUAGAUGCAAUACGCAAAGCUCAAGCUAGCAACCUGCCACAGCGCAAUCUUCACGAUUGGGAGCAUAUUGAGAGACAGGUAACACCAUCCAAACUGCCGCAAAAAGUCAGGUCGGAAAACGAUAAGCAUCUAUGCAAUCGCUACUGCGGCGGAUCCCACACGGUGACGACUCCGGCUCAACGCGUGGCGCGCGUUGGACACUUCAUCAAGCAAUGGGGCCCUGACGUUUUACCACUAUCUUCUGGUCUGGCAGCUGGAGAAGACGGCAAGAUGUAUAAAGUAUGCCCAGAGAGAGAUACAGGCGCCGGUACUGGCGGGUUUGACACACCUUGCUCACCAAAGAUACCACCAAAGAAAAGCAAGCAAUCAAAGUCGCAAGAAAAGCGUAGCAUCAUUAUCAGCUCAGAGUGCCGCUGUCUGGAUGAAGAUCGUGUUACGAAGAACUGA